CUUGUUAUUGUUUCCCGCCAAAGCGCUUACUUCCUACUUUUUCCUACUGUCCCUACAUUCAAGUUUUUUUUUUUUUUUGAAAGUGCUCAGUAAUCACUACCGACUGUUGAUUCCAAAGGGAGCGGAGGAGAGAGAAAGGUAACCGGCAGGGAAACCAACCGAGUCGCAACUCGUGACUCUCCACAUUUGGAACUCCUCAAUUCAAACACCGAGUUAACUCAGCCCCGAAAAUGGGGAAAGAGAUGGAAUCGCCGCCAAACAACACGGCAUCAAAUGCCACUGAGUCAACUCAACCGAGUUCUCAAACUCCGAGACUCUUCAUUAAAGAGAUGGUCAUGAGGAACUUCAAAUCUUAUGCUGGUGAACAACGUGUUGGUCCUUUUCACAAGAGUUUUUCGGCUGUGGUAGGUCCAAAUGGAAGUGGUAAGAGUAAUGUCAUUGAUGCUAUGCUUUUCGUGUUCGGUAAGCGGGCGAAACAGAUGCGACUGAACAAAGUUUCGGAGCUUAUACACAACUCCACAAAUCAUCAGAAUUUAGAUAGUGCUGGUGUAUCAGUCCAUUUCCAAGAGAUUAUAGAUGUGAAUGAUGGAGAAUAUGAAGUUGUUCCUGGCAGUGAGUUUGUCAUAACUAGGGUCGCAUUUCGCGACAACUCUUCCAAGUAUUACAUUAACCAAAGAGCUAGUAACUUCACAGAAGUUACCACUAAAUUGAAGGCGAAAGGAGUUGACCUGGAUAAUAAUCGAUUUUUGAUCUUACAGGGCGAGGUUGAGCAAAUUUCAUUAAUGAAGCCAAAAUCUCAAGGACCUCAUGAUGAAGGGUUUCUUGAAUACCUUGAGGAUAUCAUUGGGACAAUUAAAUAUGUGGAGAAGAUUGAGGAGUCUCAUAAGCAGCUGGAAACUUUAAAUGAGAAGAGGUCUGGAGUUGUGCAGAUGGUCAAGUUGGCAGAGAAAGAAAGAGAUGGGUUAGAGGAUGUGAAGAAUGAAGCUGAAGCUUAUAUGCUAAAGGAACUAUCGCUGCUGAAAUGGCAAGAAAAAGCUACAAAAUGUGCUGCUGAAGACAACAGUGCUAAAAUGUGUGAGCUGCAAAUGAAGUUGUCCAGCUUGGAAGAAAGUUUGAAGUCUAAAAGAGAAGAGAUCCAGGGAAAUAAAACUUCUUUGAAGGAGCUUGAAGCUUUGCACAAUAAGUAUCUUAAGAGACAAGAGGAACUAGAUAAUGAUCUCAAGAGAGGCAAAGAGGAAUUUAAGGCAUUUGAAAGGCAAGAUCUUAAAUAUCGUGAAGAUUUUAAGCACAUCAAGCAAAAGAUUAAGAAGCUUGAAGAGAAAAUUGAGAAGGAUUCAUCGAAGAUCAAUGACUACUCAAAGGAGUGUGAAAAGGCCACACAAUCAAUUCCAAAACUGGAGGGAAAUAUCCCUGAAUUGCAAAAGUGCUUAAUGGAAGAAGAGAAGGUUCUAGAAGAAAUAAAGGAGAAAUCUAAAGGUGAAACUGAGAUUUACCGUUCCGAGCUGGCCAAUGUUCGUGCUGAGUUGGAGCCUUGGGAGAAUCAACUGAUGGACCAUAAGGGAAAACUUGAAGUUGCAUCUACUGAACAGAAGCUUCUAAGUGAAAAGCAUGAAGGUGCACGUAAAGCUUUUGAGGAUGCACAAAAGCAGUUGGAAGACAUAAGUGAACAGAUAAGAUCUAAAACUGCUGUCACCACAAGCACUAAAAGUGAUAUGGAUAAAAAGAAGUUUGAGGCCUCUAACGCUCGUACAAUGGAACAAGAAUGCAUCAAGGAACAGGAAUAUCUGAUUCCUCUAGAACAAGCUGCGAGACAAAAGGUUGCUGAGCUUGUAUCUGUUAUGGAAUCUGAGAGGAGCCAAGGUUCUGUUCUGAAAGAGAUUUUACGGUCUAAAGAAACAAAUCAGAUCAAGGGAAUACAUGGACGAAUGGGUGAUUUGGGUGCUAUAGAUGCAAAAUAUGAUGUUGCUAUAUCAACCGCAUGCCCUGGACUUGAUUAUAUUCUUGUAGAGACUGCUGAAGCAGCACAGAAAUGUGUGGACUUGUUACGUGAUAAGAAUCUCGGUGUUGCGACUUUCAUGAUACUGGAGAAACAAGGGAGACAUGCUAAUCAGUUGAAGAGAAAAGUAAAUACCCCAGAAGGGGUUCCUCGGCUUUUUGACUUGAUUAAAGUCAAAGAUGAACGAUUAAAACUUGGAUUUUACGAGCUACUAAAGAACACCGUUGUAGCAAAGGAUCUUGAGCAGGCAACACGUAUAGCAUAUGGUCAGGACAAAGAUUUCGGACGAGUAGUCACAUUAGAAGGUGCUCUCUUUGAAAAAUCUGGGACUAUGAGUGGUGGGGGGAGUAAACCACGCGGAGGCAAAAUGGGAACAUCGAUUCGUGCUGAUACUGUUUCUAGAGAAGCUGUUGCUGAUGCUGAAAAGGAACUUUCCUUGUUAGUUGAUAAACUAAAUGCGAUCCGGAGAAGAAUUUCUGAUUCUGUUCAGAGUUACCAGUCAUUGGAUAAAGCUAUCCAGCACUUAGAGAUGGAAAUAGCUAAGAGUCAGAAAGAGAUUGACAGUUUGAACACACGAAGUAAUUAUCUUAAGAAUCAACUUGACUCUCUGAAGUCUGCUGCACAACCACGGAAGGAAGAGGUUACCAGGCUUGCCGAGCUCCAGAAAAUAGUAAAUGCAGAAGAAAAGGAGAUAGCCCAGCUCACACAGGGCUCCAAAAAGAUGAAGGAGAAGGCAUCAGAUCUUCAGAGUAAGAUAGAGAAUGCUGGAGGUGAGAUACUAAAAAAGCAGAAGGCAAAGGUUGACAAGAUUCAGUCUGAUAUUGACAGACAUGGGACAGAGAUUAAUCGCCACAAAGUUCAAAUAGAUACUGGUGAAAAAAUGAUUAAAAAGUUGACUAAGGGGAUUGAAGAUUCAAAGAAGGAGAAGGAACUGCUUCUUCAAGAAAAGGAAAAGCUGGAGUCAACAUUUAAAGCAACAGAACAGAAGGCAUUUGUUGUGCAAGAGAAUUGCGAAAAGACAAAGCAGCUGAUUGCCGAACAUGGAGUAGUUCUUGAGGAAGCAAAAUCUAAUCACGAGAACUUGAAGAGAAAAAUGGAUGAACUACGGGCAACUGAGGUUGAUGCUGAUUUCAAACUUAAAGACAUGAAGAAACUUCACAAAGAGAUGGAAAUGCAGGGGAGGGGAUACACCAAAAAGCUGGAUGACUUGCAAAAUGCUACCAUGAAACAUAUGGAGCAAAUUGCAAAAGAUUCGGUGGAUCAAGAAAAGCUUCAGGCAACCCUUGAAGAUGAGACUCUUACCAUGUCUUGCGAUCUCAAAAGGGCCAUGGAGAUGGUAGCUUUGUUGGAAGCGCAACUGAAAGAAUUGAAUCCCAAUCUUGAUUCAAUCUCGGAAUAUCGCAAAAAGGUAGCAUCAUACAAUGAACGGGUGGAUGAGCUUAAUGGAGUUACUCAAGAGCGUGAUGACAUUAAACAACAGUAUGAUGAAUGGAGAAAGAAAAGGUUAGAUGAGUUCAUGGCUGGAUUUAAUACGAUAUCUUUAAAGUUGAAGGAAAUGUAUCAGAUGAUUACACUUGGUGGAGAUGCAGAGCUGGAGCUGGUGGAUUCUUUGGAUCCUUUCUCCGAAGGGGUUGUUUUCAGCGUAAGACCACCAAAAAAGAGCUGGAAAAAUAUUGCAAAUUUAUCCGGUGGUGAAAAGACUCUUAGCUCUUUGGCUCUUGUGUUUGCUCUUCAUCACUACAAACCUACCCCACUCUAUGUAAUGGAUGAGAUUGAUGCUGCUCUAGAUUUCAAAAAUGUCUCAAUUGUUGGUCAUUACGUAAAGGAUCGGACAAAAAAUGCACAGUUUAUAAUCAUAAGCCUCAGAAACAACAUGUUCGAGUUGGCUGACCGGCUUGUUGGUAUUUAUAAAACUGAUAAUUGCACAAAGAGCAUAACAAUUAACCCUGCUAGUUUUGAGGUUCGUCAAAAGGCUGCUUGAGAAAAGGAGUUGUUUAGCAAGCUAGGAGUUUCAUGUUAUUUCUCUCCGUAAGGUUCGGAGUAAUUUAUGAGUUCCUAUUAUUCUUAUGGUUAUGGAGAGCCUAAUGUAUUUAAUGUCAUAUGAACAUGCUUGUAAAUUGUACAUCAAUUGUGCAUUUUAUGUUCCUAAUUAUUGGGGUAAAAGUCUAUGUUUAUCUCUCGUGUUUGUAAAUGUGAAGUAUUUUAUAAGUUUGUUAAAACGCUAAUCCUUCAUUUUAUUUCUUGUGCGGAGUGGGAAAUGACAUUUAUGUAUUUACUUGUUUAGUUCA